UUAGUAUUAGUGACAAGUUAUCCGUGAACAAAAACAGACACAAGACAAAGGCGUCCAAGUGGCAUAAAGAUAAAAGAGUGAAAAGUGCAAAAAAAAAAGUUAGUGAAAAUGGUUUCGAUCCAGACAAUCGGCACGAUAGUCGUGAAAUCGUUCAAAAUUGUAUUGAACAUCAUAAUCCUGGUUCUAUACCGAACAGGAUACAAUGGCGAGUUCCUGGGGGUGGGAGGCACUUGGAACCUCAACGAGGAGAAGAAUCCAGAUGCCGAGAUCGUCGCGUCUGGAGUUAUAGUGGGCUACCUCAUAUACACACUGGUGCAAGUGGUCACUUAUCUAUUCGGCACCACUGAACACAAGAGUGGUGUGCGUGGACCUUACAGAGCUCUGUCAGAUAUCGUGAUGAACUUCGUGGGUGUGUUCCUGUGGAUCGCGGUGGGCGCUGUCGCGCUGCACUACUGGGGCGGAUACCAGGGCGAGCAACAGUACCACUUCGUGUACUCCGAGAAACAAGUGGGUUUGGCGGUUGGUGCGCUGUGCGUCAUACAGGGUGCGGUCUACUUAUUGGAUACGGCACUCUCAGUCAUUCACUUCACGAAAGAGAUGUAAAAUGACAACAUAAUUAUAAUUAAUUACCAUAUUUAAAUUUAGUUAAUGAGUAAUUAUGAUGUCGUUGUAAUUCCAUCACUUGGAGACAUGGCGGAAUGAUUUCUGAAUGAAAGUCUUAUUUAUGCAUUAUGAAGUGUCACUUCUGUAUUCACUUUACAUUAUCUUUUAGGCAAUUUACAGGUUAGACAAUUAUAAAUAUCGACUCUUAAGCACCAAAUAUUUUUUUUAUUUGUCAAGCACUUUCCAGCAAAUCUAGUAGUAAUCUAGUAUCAAUCUAAGCUUCACCUAAAUCAUUUUUGACGGAUGACGCCAUAUUGGUGUCGUAAAGUGGUUUAAAUGUAUUAAAUGACUAUGAUUAUAUUUUUUGUGCUCUUUAUUAUUUUUUAGUAAUAGAUUCUACAGUGCAAAGUCAGAGUAAGCCAUUUGAACAAAUUUACAAUGAUUUUUAUGAAUUCCCACCUCUACGAUACUAUUAAGUUACAAAGCUGUCUUGUAUUUUGUAAUAAAACAAUGUUAUAUCGAAAAUAAAUUUUAAUAUUAAAUAUAAA